AUGGUAUUGGCUAAGCCUACCAUUGCUAGAGAUAUCUCACCUGGUGACUAUGUAAUGCACAAAACGUCAAAGUACACCGUGAUAAUGCCAAUGACAGGUUUGUUGCGAUGUGGUAGGAGUUGCAGGUUACGGUGGAUGAAUCAUCUUCGGCCCAAUAUAAAGCGUGGAAACAUUUCACAAGACGAAGAAGAGCUUAUCAUAAGGCUGCAAAAACUGCUUGGAAACAGAUGGUCAUUGAUUGCGGGUCGAAUGCCUGGAAGAACAGACAACGAGGUGAAGAACUACUGGUAUAGCCGGUUGAAACAUAGGGUGCUCGGCAACAAAGUAACAAGACCCUCGGUUAUCAGAUUAACUGCCAAGUCUCUGCCCAUAGCAAUUGAAUCUGAAAAAACUGCAGCACUAGAAAACCAGGAGCCAUCUAAAUGUGAUGCAAUUGAAAGAGAUGGCUAUCCGUCUGAGAAUAAAUUAGAAACAGAUUUACUUCCUUGCUGUUUAUCUUCCGUCUGGUUGAAAUGUUCUGUAUCCUCUUUUCGACCGAAAUAA